GCGAACGGCCACACCAGCAUGCUCUGGGGAAGGCAAGAACCAAAAAAGUAAAACGAAACUAAACAGAUGAAAUCGAAAUACUCGAAUUGAAUUUCAAAAUUGAGAAGUCGACGCGUGCGUCCUGUAAAAGGUAACCCUCGAACCGGAAAACCGACUCCAUAAGAUCGGAAUCCGAGUACAGCAGCGUCGUCGUCCCAAAUCCGAGCCAAGCUGCCGAGUUGCCGCCAUGCAUGCAAGCAAUUCGACAACCGCCGCUGCCAGCGCAACCAAAACAACAACAAAGCCGGAUGCCACACCGUCGGAUGACCCAGGCAAAGAUGAGCCACCGGCGGCCACCGUCCCAGCUGAGGAUUCCUCUGCACUGCACGGAACAGCCGGAGAUACGGAAGCGGGUAUAUCAACCGUUGACGAGGCCGUCCAGGAGGCGGAGGAGCGCGAGGAGCUGCAACAGUUCGUCCAGGAGCUGAGCGACAAAAUCGAGAGCAAGCGCCAGCUGCGCCAUCAAAACUCCGUCUUCGAGCUGCCCGGGGAGGAGCACUUUGCCCGCCUCGACUCCAAUCUCAAGAAGAACACCGCCUUCGUGAAGAAGCUGAAGCUCUUCACGGCCACCCAGCUGGAUGCGCUGCUCAAGGAGCUGUCAGCCCUAAAUCUCAGCAAGUACAUCUCGGAGAUCUGUGCCGCCCUGGCCGAGGCGAAGCUCAAGAUGACGGAUGUGCCGGCGGUGGUUACACUGGCCUCCAGGCUGCACUGCACCUACGCAGACUUCGAUGUCCAGUUCCUGGAGGCCUGGCAGAAGGCCCUCAACAUCAAGGCCACCGAGAAGAUCAACAAUCCCAGCAAGCUGCGCGUCGAUCUGCGCCUCUUCGCCGAGCUGGUCAGCUCCGGCGUGAUACAGAUGAAGCCGGGCCUGGCCCAGCUGGGUGUGGUGCUGGUGCAUCUCAUUGCCCAGGACAAGGAGGACCACAGCAACUUCUCCAUCAUACUGUCGUUCUGCCGGCACUGCGGCGAGGAGUACGCCGGCCUGGUGCCGCAAAAGAUGCAGCACCUGGCCAACAAGCACGGCGUGGAGCUGCCCAAGUCCGAUUUCCUCUCAGCCGACAAGCAGCUGAACCUGCGCAACAUGCUCAAGGGCUACUUCAAGGCGCUGUGCAAGCACGUCCUGGCCGAGCAAGCGGAGCUGAUGAACAUGACCAAGAACAUUCGACGCACCAUGGAGUGCAAGGGCGAGAUCUCCACGGAGAAGCGGGAAAAGUGCGAAGUGAUGCAGGCCAGCUUCGACAAGCUCCUGGCCUCCGCUCAGUCCCUGUCGGAGCUGCUGGGCGAGCCGCUGCCAGAGCUGGCCAAGGAGUCGGAGUGCUGCAACCCGGGCACCGUCAUCGACAACAUGCUGGACAGUGCCGCCUUCGGAGUUCUCGACCCCUGGGGCGACGAGGAGACGCGCUCCUUCUACACGGACCUUCCGGACUUGCGACAGUUUCUGCCAAACUUUUCGGCGCCCAAGGUGGACCUGGAGCAGAUGGAGGAGCCCAGCGAACUGACUGAGGAGGCCAUUGAUGCCAAUAUCGAUGCAGAAAUGGAUCUUGACGAUCCUCCUUCCACCGCAUCCGACUCGGCCGACAAUCCCCCAAGCGAAGAAUCCCCAGCAGCAGCAGCAGCAGGAGGGGCCCCAGGACCCACUACGUCCAUCAGCGAGGAGGUGAAGCCCCAGAAGAUGGGCAGCGCCCUGAUGGAGCUCGGACGGCAGCAGCAGAAUCAGAAUGGGCAGACCCAGAACCAGAAUCAGACCCAGCUGCGGCAGCAGUUCGACACCUUCCUGGUGAAUCUCUUCAACUGCGUCAACAAGGAGCUGAUCGACUCGGCGGCCAUCGAAUUUCUGCUUAACUUCAACACGAAGCCCCAGCGCAAGAAGCUGACCAGGACGAUCUUCUCCGUGCAGCGCACCCGACUGGACAUCCUGCCGUAUCUGUCGCGCUUCGUGGCCAUCGUUCACAUGUGCAACACGGACGUGGCCGCCGAUCUGUCCGAGCUGCUGCGCAAGGAGUUCAAGUGGCACAUCCGCAAGAAGAACCAGCUGAACAUCGAGUCGAAGCUGAAGAUUGUGCGCUUCAUCGGGGAGCUGGUCAAGUUCGGUCUCUUCAAGAAGUUCGACGCCCUGGGCUGCCUGAAGAUGCUGCUGCGCGACUUCCAGCACCACCAAAUCGAGAUGGCGUGCGCCUUCGUCGAGGUCAGUGGCGUCUAUCUGUACAACUGCCGCGACGCCCGGCUGCUGAUGAACGUCUUUCUGGACCAGAUGCUGCGCCUGAAAACGGCCACGGCCAUGGACUCGCGGCAUGCAGCCCAAAUCGAGAGUGUCUACUACUUGGUGAAGCCGCCGGAGUCGUCGAAGAAGGAGGCUGCGCCCCGGCCGCCGAUGCACGAGUACAUCCGCCACCUGAUCUUCGAGGAGCUGUGCAAGCAGAAUGUGGAGCGCUGCAUCAAGAUGCUGCGGCGCAUCAACUGGCAGGAUCCGGAAACCAGCAGCUACGCCAUCAAGUGCCUCAGCAAGGCCUACCUGCUGCGCUUCCCGCUGGUGCGCUGCCUGGCCGAUCUCGUCUCCGGGCUGAGCUCCUACCAGCCGCGCGCGGUGACCAUUGUGAUCGACAACGUGUUCGAGGACAUCCGCGCCGGCCUGGAGAUCCACUCGCCGCGAAUGGCCCAGCGACGCAUCGCCAUGGCCAAGUACCUGGGCGAGAUGUACAACUACAAGCUGGUGGAGUCCACGCACAUCCUCAACACCCUGUACUCGAUCAUCUCGCUGGGCGUGUCGAUAGAUCAGAAUGUGGUCUCGCCGCUGGAUCCGCCGGACAGCCUGUUCCGGCUAAAGCUCGCCUGCAUGCUGCUGGACACAUGCGGGCCCUACUUCACCAGCCAGGCGACGCGCAAAAAACUGGACUACUUCCUGGUCUUCUUCCAGCACUACUACUGGUUCAAGAAGUCGCACCCCGUGUUCAGCAAGUCCGAAAACACCUCCGACCUGUUUCCCAUUCUGGUGGAUCACACCUACCGCGACUGCCUGACCAGCGUGCGUCCCAAACUAAAGCUCUACAAGAGCAUGGAGCAGGCCAAGGCCGCCAUAGACGCACUCCAGGAGAAGCUUUACCCGCAGCUGAAGACCAACUGCAACCAGGACACUGCCCUCACCACCAUCAGCGAAAUCAGCGAGCUGGACGAUGCCGCAACCGACGAGGAUUCGGGCUCGUCCAACGAUCAGAGGGAGCGCCAGGUGGCGGGCCAGGAGCCGGAGCAGGGCAACGACUGGACCGAGAACGAGACGGAGCCGCUGCCAGUGCAGCCGCUGCCAGUGGAGAAGUCCAAGGAGGACCUGGAGUUUGAGCAGAUGUACGAGAAGAUGACUACGGACUCGUACCAGGAGCGGCUGAAGGAGCCGAUCAAGGCCACGCCCAAGGACAUACCCGUGCCGAUGACGGCCCGCCUGCAGAAGAAGUCCUACGAGCAGUUGACGAACUGCAACGCCUCCACCACUGCAUCGCAGCAGAUCUCAAAGGCAGACGGCGGUAACGGAGGCGGCAGUGGUACGCCCAGUUCGCCGGGCACUGACCCGCCGGAGUCUGGCAAGUCUGGCAAUGGCGGCAAUAGCGGAGCCGUGCCCUUCGUCCUCAUGGUGCGCGGCAACAAGGGCGGCAAGCAGCAGUUCAAGUCAUUUGUGGCUCCGUCCGACUCGCACCUGGCCAUCAACCUGAAGCUGCAGGAGCAGAAGAUCCGCGAGGAGAAGGAGAAGGUGAAGCGGCUGACGCUGAACAUCACGGAGCGGAUCGAGGAGGAGGACUACCAGGAGUCACUGCUGCCGCCGCAGCAGCGAAACUUCACACAGAGCUACUACCAGAAGCCCAACAAGCACAAGUUUAAGCACCAGAAGGGCGCGCCCGAUGCGGAUCUGAUCUUCCACUGAAGGGCAUCUCAAGAUGGUGACUAGGAGGGAUGCACCCAAUCCUGGCCAGACGCCGCCUGACCAGCCCAUCGAUGCUGACUGCUGACUGCUGACUGCGAUUGUGCUGACACAUUACUCGGAAUCGGAAUCGGUAUCUGAGACGGAUACAGGAUACAGAUACGGAAACUUAAACGGAAUCUGAACCGGAAUCGAAGAUGAAAUCCAAGUCGAAGACGGAAAUGGAAAAGGAAAUGGAUAUGGAAACUGAAAGGGAACCGGAAACGAAAACGGAAACGGAAGAGCGCCGUGCUCCAAGAGCCAAUUGCUGCGAUGUCCUGGGAGGACGAGGCACAAUCCAGGAGACACAAAUCCGACUCACAUCCGACUUAAAGCCACAACCCACACCAAAUGCAAGAGCUGUACUUAAAGCUAGAGAAGCCAUCACCACAGUCCACACACUCAAAGAUGAUCACAGACGCGAAGAACCACUGACCACCACCAUCGCUUCGUCCUCGGCCCGGAUAUUUUGUCCUGUACAUACACAACCAUAUACUCUGCCGCUCCCAGUUCAAUGCCAGAUCCUAGCGAGCCGCCCCAUUUCCCGAUCCCAGUUCUGAUUUAAGAUUAAAAACACUACCUAGUACGUACGAUUUGCCUAGACUUGUUUCGAAAACAAAACUCUUGUGUACAACGAUA